UCCUUUUGACUUUGCUUAUCUAAAAAUUGUCUAAGAGCACUGUAAAAGGGUGUACAUCAGGUGCAUUUAGGUUGGAACGACGGUAAUUGUGAAAAAGUUUCUGGGAAACUUGCCAGUAAGAAGAAAAGAACUAGAGAGAAACAUCAAGAAGGAAGUCGGUAAACUGUGCACGCUGAUGCAGACUUAUGCAUUGAUUUCUACAUGUACACGUUUCGAACUGGUCAACAUUAUCAACGGAAAAAGGAAAAUGCUCCUCGCCACGAACUGCAACAAGUCGGUUCGUGGAAACAUCGCAGACGUUUACGGGAUUUCGCAGCUGAACAGUCUCCGCGAAUUCGUGCAAGUCGCUCCGGACGGCGACACCCUUCGCGAAUUCGGUGUAUCAAGUUCUGACGUAAAGUCGGCCUUCAGAUUGAGAAGUCAGGUGCGAUGGUUUGAGCUUCGAAUGGCUUGGAAACAAGUAGCCGUCUACUCGCGUGCGAUAUGUCGAGGCACGCAAGGCGGCAUCCAAAGCAGUGGCGAAAGCGAAAGCUGA